UAUCCCUGGUUUUAUUUGCCAAGUGAAGUGACAACGCGUUGGUUAGUUUUGUAAGUUUACCGGUUUAAUAAUUGAGUUAAUGACCAAAAAGUGUUCAUUCAAAUUCAAAAGGGCUUACAGUUUUCAGAGAAGGUAAUACACACGUGAAAUUAAGACGUAUAAAACAAAAAACCUUGCAGAGAAAACUGACCAGAAAAGCGCGCCAAAAUAAAUUACUGUCAGCUGUUGCAUCCAAGCAUAAGCAUUGCCACCUUACGCAACGAAGCUAGCGCAGAUAUAAAAAUUUAUCCAGAAUGCCAGAACAAACGACAACUGAAGAAUCCCAGGCAACUCGUGCAAUACCCACCUAUGAUGCCAAUAUAUUACCCGAUAUGUUGCCCGUCUAUUAUAGACGUCUUUUUCCACAUCUUCCUUUUUAUCGUUGGUUGUCCUAUGGUCUAUCUGAGGAUAGUAUUUUCUGCAAUCGUGAGAUUUCAUUCACACUUCACGAUGAUAUUUACAUACGAUAUCUCUGUUUUGAAACGCAAGCUGAAUUGGAGAAGGAAAUAUGUUCGCGUAAUCCUUAUAAAAUUGAUAUAGGACCUGUAAUGAAUACAAAACCAAAGAAUUUCCGUGCUGGUGGUUUGUCGCCCGUCCAACGUGAAUUGGUCUUUGAUAUCGAUAUGACGGACUAUGAUGAUGUGCGCACUUGCUGUUCGGGUGCAGAAGUAUGCCUGAAAUGUUGGAAAUUUAUGGUCCUGGCUGCGCGUAUUUUAGAUCAAGCACUACGUGAGGAUUUUGGCUUCGAACACAUUUUGUGGGUCUUUUCGGGACGUCGUGGCAUACAUUGCUGGGUCUGCGAUAAACAGGCGCGUCAUCUGGAUACCCGUGGACGAGGUGCUGUGGCAGAGUAUUUGAAUAUUAUCAGUUAUGUGAAUGUGAUGGGCACUAAUGCGGCCAGAUGUCAGCUGGGCGAUCGCACGCAUCAUAGUGUGAAGAGAGCUUUGAAAUUAGUGGAGCCCUUAUUUGAGGAAAUCAUUUUAGAGGAUCAGAAUCUCUUUGGCACUCCCAAAGGUUUGAGCAAGCUUCUCCUCAUGAUUUCCGAGGACAGUGCACGCAAUGAACUUGAAUCCUAUCUGCAGAAGACACACGAAGACGGCGCCCAUUCGCGUUCCAUUUGGGAGAGUUUCGUCCGAUAUGCCAACUCAAUGAGAACCAGCGGUAAUGUUCUGUGGAGUCGCAAACUUAAGCAUAUCGUAGAAGAGGUACAAUUAUGUCUACUCUAUCCCCGAUUGGAUAUCAAUGUAACCAAGGGUUUCAAUCAUUUACUCAAAUCGCCAUUCUGCAUUCAUCCUGCAACGGGCAAAGUUUGCGUUCCCUUCAGUCUCAGCGCUGUGGCUAAAUUUGAUCCAACUACAGUGCCGACAAUAGCUCAACUCUUGCACGAGAUAAAUGCGUUUGAUGACAAGACCAAAAUGGAUCAGGAGGCCCCAGAGGAUAAGAGUCGCAUCAAGGAUCACAAGAAAACAAGCAUGUUCAAAGGUGUGGUGGUAUUCGAAGAGUUCCUACGGAAACUGGAACGUGAAUGCAACCAAUCCAAAUCCAGUAACAUGGACUUUUGAGUAUCAAUUAAGAAUAACUAACUGUUUAUAAGAAUCAAUAGGAAUUAAGGAAAUAAAUGCCAGAGAUGCAAA